AUGUCCGAUGACGAGGCCGAUCCCGAGCUUCUAGCUCUGCUCAGAGCGCACCUCCAGGGCAAGCUCACGAUAAGUGAAGACCCCGAGACAGGGGUUCUGCAAGAUGCCGAGUAUGUCUACGACAACUCCAUCGACGUGGCCAUCGACAUGAGGUCGACCAAGAAUGCUGCUGCGGCAAUCUACAACCAGAUGCAGCAGAAGGCCUAUUCCACCGCCACCUGGACUGAGCAUGAGCUCCACCCAAAGACCAAGGACGAAAGCACCGUCGCUUUCAUCUUCACCAUGGACCUCUUGAAUUUCUCCUUUUGGUCAACCAAGCCAGAUGACAAACGGUUCGCCAUCUCUUACCGAGACAAGACAUGGACCGGUUACUGGAGCCUAGUUGCUGCCCUGCAGCGUGCCUUAGAUGAAGGAAUCCCCAUCACGAGCUCUGAUUUCUGGCAGAGCGAGGAAGAGUGCACCUUGGAUGUCUUGAAACAUGUAUUUCGGUCCUGCACCGAUGAAGAGAUACCUCUAUUAGAGGCACGGCUCACCUGUCUACGUGAAGCCGGUCAGGUUCUGUACGAGAAAUACUCGUGUAGUUUCACAAAGUGCAUCGAGGCGGCAAAUGGUUCCGCUGCCGGGCUUGUGAACCUGCUCGCAAAAGAUUUCUUGUGCUUCCGGGAUGAGUUUCGGUUCGAGGGGAGGCGGAAGCCCGUCCGCUUUCUCAAGAGGGCGCAGAUCUUGGUCGCAGACAUAUGGGCUUGCUUUCAGGGCGAAGGCUACGGUGCCUUCCGCGACAUCGAUAAGAUCACCAUGUUUGCAGACUACAGGAUCCCCCAGAUUCUCAAUACCAUGGGCUGCAUCUUCUACAGCCCAGUAUUGGACCUUACUAUCCGGGAGAAGAAGAUUAUUGAAAGCGGAACGAAAUGGGAGCUGCAGCUAAGAGCGGCCAGCAUAUGGUGUGUCGAGUUGUUAAAAAGAGAAAUCCUAAGAAAUCAUCCAGAUACGAAGGUCAAUGCUAUAUUGAUAGACUUCUUUCUCUACGAUGCCAUGAAGGAGAUUGAGGCGAAGGGGCACGAGACUGUCCCCCAUCACCGAACAAGGAGCAUCUGGUAUUGA